CUUCCAGCACCUUGUCCUCAUCUCAGCGUUCGUUUGGCCUCACCACUCGCUCCAGCUGUUUGGAUUCUCGUGCUGUGCUUCCUCUCGACACUCCCUUCGCAAUCCACCGCUGCAUCUCUUCCCAUUUCCAGGCGUCCAAUUAUAACCGCCCGCGUGCAUAGCUCCUCGAUCGAGUCAUAUCAUGGCCACGCAGGCACACUGUGCCUUUUGCUUCGAAACACUCGCCGCGAACUUGGAACGCCGCAAGCCGCUAUCUCUCGCACAGGUGGAAGAACUGUGGACGCGAUACCACGGUAGCAAAGAUGACCCGGCAGCAGACUCGGAGAAUGGUGAAGAGAGCGAAGAUGCGGAAAUCACCGAUGCUGAAGAAACGGUGGCGAUGACAACGACAUCCCCCUCUGCACGUCCUGCCGCCAUCUCGCGCCUCCUCAACCGCGAGCCCAGCGCAUCCAGUUCAUCCAGCAGUCUCCCCUCCUCCACCAAAUCCUCUGCCGACUCCUCGACUGCGCAAAGCCCCAAGAAUGGAUCGGGAGCAGCUACGCCGGCCAGUUCGAGCAGUUCGCGCUCGUCUCUUUUCUCGUUUGCGAAGAAACGGCGCAGUGGUGGAGCCAGCAGCAAAGCAGACGAGUACCCCUUGUUCGUCACGUGGAAUGUCGUCUCACGAAGCGGACACAAGAGUCUACGAGGCUGUAUCGGAACGUUCGCGGCGCAGGAAUUGGAAGAGGGAUUGCGAUCGUACGCACUUACAAGCGCCUUCGAAGACGUCCGCUUCCAGCCCAUCCCCGCCUCCCUCCUCCCAUCCCUCUCCGCGCACGUCACGCUCCUCACCAACUUCUCCCAGCCAAGCAAAGACGCCCUAGCCUGGACGUUAGGCAAGCACGGCAUCCGCAUCUCCUUCACCCUCGCCGCGCGCCGCUACGGCUCCACCUACCUGCCCGACGUGGCGGUCGAGCAGGGCUGGACGAAGGAGGAGACGCUGGUGUCGUUGAUGCGCAAGGCGGGUUGGAGUGGGAGUAGUUCUUCGUGGGGCCGGGCAUGGAGGGAGGGCAAGGGCGAGUUGGUGACAUAUGAGGGGCAGCAGGUUGGGUUGGGAUAUGCGGAGUGGAAGGAGUGGAGGGAUUGGGUGGAUGGGUUGGAGGGGAGGUAGUUGGCCUGGAUAUGGAACCGUAUGAGGCAGCAAUAGAGAUACCCCAUGAAUAAUGCAGCA